AUGUACGCUCUCAAAUCCUCUGUACCCAAGAACUUAAGACAUCUUAGUCGACAAGCUUUAUUCUCCCGCUCUUUAGUUCCCCACGUUCCACAUAGCAACUUCGCAAAGCAUUUCACAACCACACAAAUAACAAUGGCACAAGAGUAUAAGCUCAAGGAUCUCAGUUCCUUGGAUUUGAAGCCUGGAGAGAAGAAAGAAAUUGAAGUAGAAGGUGUAGAAGGAGGAAAGGUCUUAUUGUGCAAUGUUGGUGGAAAGGUUACGGCUAUAGGCAAUAAGUGUACACAUUAUGGUGCUCCAUUGGUCAACGGUGUUUUGACUGGAGACGGUCGUAUUACAUGCCCAUGGCACGGAGCUUGUUUCAAUGCCAGCAAUGGAGAUAUCGAAAAUGCCCCUGCUCUCGAUGCCCUCCCUUCGUUCGAGUUGUCCGAAAAGAAUGGUUCGGUAUAUGUUACAGGAGAAGAAGAGACAAUCAAGGGUAGCCGCAGAAAACCAAAUAUCAGAAUUACCGGAGGAAUCGGGUCAGAAAAGGUAGUAAUUGUUGGCGGUGGAAGUGGUGCUCUCAGUACGCUUGAAGCACUUCGCGAAGCCGGCUUCAAAGGAUCAAUUACCAUGAUCGGCAACGAAGGAUACUUACCAAUCGAUAGAACAAAAUUGUCUAAAGCUCUCAUUGAUGAUGCAUCAAAAAUUGCUUUGAGGGAUGAAGCUUGGUUCAAAGACGGAUCAAUCACAACUGUCAAUGAUACUGUCACUAGUGUUGACUUCUCGGGAAAGAAGGUAGCGACGAAGAAUGGUAGCUCUUUCCCUUAUACGAAGUUGGUUUUGGCUUCUGGUGGAUCUCCAAAGAGUUUGCCUUUGCCUGGCUUCAAAGAGCUGGGUAAUAUCUUUCUCCUCCGUAAUAUUCAUCAUGUGAAAGGCAUCGUGGCGGCUAUUGGGGAGAAGAAUAAGAAGAUUGUCAUCAUUGGAAGCUCAUUUAUCGGAAUGGAAGUUGCGAAUGCUACAGCUAAGGAUAAUGAUGUUACGGUUGUUGGCAUGGAAUCUGCACCACUUGAGAGAGUUAUGGGUGCUGAAGUCGGUAGAAUCUUCCAAAAGGCCUUAGAAGGAAAUGGUGUUAAGUUCCAUAUGGAAGCUGGUGUUGAAAAGGCCGUACCUUCGAAGUCGGAUUCUUCUAAAGUUGGAGGUGUACAAUUGAAGGACGGUACGACCCUUCAAGCAGAUUUGGUGAUCCUAGGGACAGGUAUCAGUCCUGCAACGGAAUACUUGAAAGACAACAAAUCAGUUGAACUUCGUGAAGAUGGUUCAUUGGCAACUGAUGAAAACUUCAUCGUUUCGGGUCUUAAAGAUGUUUACGCUAUUGGUGAUAUCGCAGCUUAUCCAUAUAAUGGUCCUGGUGGCGAAGGAAGUUUAGCCCGAAUUGAGCACUGGAAUGUGGCACAAAACUCAGGAAGAAGUGUUGCCACACAUAUCAACAACCCCUCCGCAAAGCCUAAAUCAUUCAUUCCAAUUUUCUGGUCAGCACUCGGCUCACAACUCAGGUAUUGUGGUAAUACUAUCAAUGGUUGGGAUGAUCUCGUAUUGCAGGGUGAGCCAGAGAAAGCGAAGUUUGUGGCUUAUUAUUGCAAAGGAGAGACUGUCGUCGCUGUUGGUACUAUGCAAUUUGAUCCAAUCAUGACACAGGCGUCAGAGUUGAUGAGAAGAGGAAAGAUGCCAAGCAAGAGUGAAUUAAAAAAGGGACUUAAGCUUGAGAGCGUUGAUAUUCCUGCUGAGGUUAAGAUAUAA